AUGGCAACGCAUUUUCACCGCGUAUUUUGGUUCCUUUUGACCAUGGACCCGGCCCUCGUCCGUGAGCGCGAGGCGUUCCUUAGGCGGGCUAAGCUCAUCCCAACCAUAGAUGCCCCGAAGCCUUCUCUUGCUACUUCAGAGCCUCAUGCUCCUCGUCGUUCUGCUACUUCUUCCUUAGAUUAUAGGGCCUUGGAAUCUAGACCAAUUAACCAGGGUCGAUUUGCCAUCCUCUCACGAAUAGUAAAGUAUAUGAAAGUAAAUCAAGUUAUUUACCUACUAUUUAAGCAAAGACACUUAGAACAUGAUUUGCACCCUCUUUCUGUCGACGAAAUUCUCGAGGAAGCAAUGCUACAAGAUAUAUCUCAUCACACUAUGAAAUGGCUUGAAGAUGAAGCACUGCCUAAUAAUCCAAAAAUCAAGGCAUUUCCCGAAAAGAAAUUUGCCUUUAAGCCUAAAUACGAUGCCAGAAACCGUCAAGAGUUAUAUCAUCUUCUGAAGAGAAAUGACGUGAAAGGUAUUGGUGGUGUCUAUUUAGACGAUAUUGCAGAAGGUAUAUCUGAUGCAGAAAAGGUUGUAUCGGUAUGUUCCUAA